CUUUAACCAUUUCUAGACAAAUUCGUCUUUUUAGCAGUGAAAAAGUGCUCCUCAGGUAGUUUGAGUAGUUUCAAUGAACUAGGAUAUAACUUUCAUUGUUUCUGGUGAAACAAAAUUAACGUACCAUAAUGGGAGACGAGACUCCAACCAGCGAGACGCCUGUUCUUAUGGAAACUAUAACAAAGAAGAAGAAAGAUGAUGAAACUCCAGCUAAUGGACCACCACCUUUAAUAACAAUAAUUAAGAAAAAAAAAGAUGAGAAACAUCGAAAGAGAGAUCCCCGUUCAUUGGAAAACAUAAUAAAGAACACUGCUAACAUGUCCCUUGAUGAAAAGGAACAAUAUUUGGAAACCAUGUACAAUGAACUGUACAUGGAAAACAGAACCACAACUAUGGCUUUGAAAACCAGAGAAAAGCAAUAUGCGCAGUUUAUAAAGGAGCAUGAAAAAGAUAGGGCAGAAUUGGCUAAAAGUAUUCUGGCUAAGGGACAACUGGAAAGCUUGUGCAGGGAACUACAAAAACAAAACAAGUUGAUAAAGGAAGAGAAUGUAGCUCGAAUUAAAGAAGAGGAGGAUAGACGUAGGGAAGUAGCGAGCACAUUCACCGAUCGUCUCAACGCCCUCACCAGUCUCAUUAAUGAAAGUAAAGACAAGUCGCUCAAAGUUAAAGAAGAAAAUCAAAAUAUGAGUCAAAGGUUAACUGAACUCUAUGAGCAAUAUCAGCAUCGCGAAAACCAUUUAGAAACCAUCACUAGACAGUUAGAUCUACAGAAACAGCUCUCAGAGACUCAAGCAAAAAAAAUGCUCAUUGAACAUGAAGCCGAAAAACAAGAACUGUUUGCCCGGCAAAGAGCCUUGGAGCUUCAAAUUGAGCCAUACGAAAGGGAGAUUCAGUUACUCCAGGAAAACAACAGGAGCCUUGAAGCCCAAGUUGAUAUAUACAAAAGCCAAUAUACAGACUUUGAAACAACUAUGACCGACAGCAACAAGGUAUUUGAGGCCUUUAAAACAAAGAUGUCGAAAAUGAGUAAACAACUUCGUACUCUUGAAACAGAAAGAAAUGAUUUGAAGGAGCGCUGGCAGUCUAGUGUUAAUUCCUUAGUUACUCUAUCCGAGCAACACAUGAAAUUGUCCAACGAGCAAAGUGCCCUGAAAAAAAAUGUACUGAUGCUACAGAAACUGUGUAGACAGCUCCAGGAAGAAAGGAGUGCAUUUUUGAAACAACUUAAGGAUAACAACAUCGAACCUCAACUUAUUAUUAUAGAAGAGGAUGGAAAGAGUCAAGAAAACAACGUCAAAAAAGAAACAGAUAUAGAUGAAGUUGAAGGCAAAGUUCAGGAUGGUUGCAGAGCUAAAUAAAAAAUGAAGUGCUAGCAAUACACCUGAUGAAAAUGUUGAGCAAUGAAGGGAUCAUCUCAAAAAGCCAGCCUCAACUUUGUGACCUAUUGGUAGGAUUAUUAAAUUUCUGAAAAAAAGUUGUGGUUUUUUUAUUCACACUAUUGCGUUUCUGUAAGGUGUAUUUCUUUUAAGACAAAAGAAGUACACAGGGAAUUAAAAAAAAAAGCCAGUAGGUAUUAAAGAAAAGCAACACGAAUAACACAAAGGCAUAUUAGAAAAUAAUUUAUUUAGAAAAGAAAAAUACAUUUUGAUUCAAUCAAGUGUGGUUUUUAUAAUUUAUUUUUGAUGUAAAGAUAAAGCUUAAAAAAAUGAUUUAGGCCCCGUUUAUUCACGUACUGAUAAACUGUUAGGUAAUGCAACUUGACACAUGAAAACGCAAUGUAUAAUCCUGUUGGUCGGCUAGUUAUCCGCCGACCAAUAGGAUUAUAGAUUGGUGAAUUUAUCCUGUAUUAACCAGUAAGUUUAUCUCGAGAUGAAUUUGGAUAUUUGCUCUUGGGAUCAUUUACCUAUCUCUGCCACCAUCAAAUUACCUACACCUGUAGAACCUACUUCAUUAGAAGUUUCUGUCCCAAGUGUUGAAACCUGUGUUUAAAAAUCUUUUUAGUUUCAUAAACUCGAUUAUUGCGGGAUUUCUCUAGAAGUUUUGCGAAAUUUGUGAUUGAACUCUUAGAUUAAACUGGCCUAUAGUGUCCUUAGAAUUAACCUUAUGAAUUGGUGUUACAAUCUUGUUACAAUUGAUAUUUUAAAUUAGGCCGGGAAUUUCAUUUUCCAAUAUGAAAUUGAGCAGGUGCAAUAGUGCGCCGGUUAUCUCGGCUUGUGCUCUUUUAUGAUUCCUGCACUAAUGUCAUGCCCAGGGGAGCUGUUAUUUUUUAAACUCGCUUCAUUUUUAAUCAAGUCCUGUUUUGUCACAGGUCUUAGAUAUUUGGAAUUGCUCAUGGAUAUUUCUCUGGUACAAGGUGUUUGCGGUUGCGGGAUUUCUUUUUCCAUUUCUAUUCUUACAUUGAUAAAACAAUCAUUGCAAAAAUUGAACAUUUCCUAAUCAUCAAUAAGUUCUUGCCCGCUGCUGUCCUUGAUAUUAUUUAACCAAUUGCAAAAGCCUUUAUGGGAAAAAUGAGGAGAAACAAAUUUUAAUGCAAUUCAGAUACUACAAAGACAAUGUAGCACAUGAACAAUGAUAAGACAGACCAAUACAGAAACCUUAUAUGUAUAGGGAAUUCAAAAUUUCAAAACUUGAUAAAAUAUUGGAAGUGGAACAAAUUAAACUUUUAUACAGGAUCAUUAAUAAAACACAAAAGUCUAACCUUGCGUUCGGUAUUUUGCUCAAAGUGUAGAGCGAGCUGAGCGGAGCCGUAAUCACGUGACCAGCGAGCGAACGGAGCAGUUGAACGCUGUAUAAAAGUACCGGAAAUUUUAAUAAACGAACGCGAAUGAGGCUGCACCUAGUACACUUUUUAAAUAAACGAACGGUAAAGUCAAGCUCGGAGAACUCAGACCAAAAUAACGAACGCACGGUAAUAUAAAUUUUAUAAAACAAGAAACAAGUAAAAUAAAAUUGAGAUAUUAUAUGUAUUAUGGAACUAUAUAAUAUAAUAUUAUUAUAGAAUCCGUCUAACUGUGUAACAUUUUUAAUUCUAGUAUUCUGAAGCUUCAGGCACAGGCACUGAUUAGAGUCAUUACAGAAUUAUUUAUUUGUAAUUAUAAUGAAUAUAAAGUAAUAAAUAACAAAUUAUUUUAAAAUAAAGGUAUAGGUAAUAAACUAAUAAAUAACAAUAUAACUAAUAAACAGUAAUUGAGCUGGUAAAUAGAAAAUAUAUGGUUUGAAAAAGUAAAUUAAAAUUUUUCUCGAUUUUCAUUAUAUUUAUUGACAAUAGUUACAUGUUAAACUACUUUGUAGUUUCAUCAGCAAUGGGAAGUUUAAAUCCUGAUAUGAGCCAGAGGCAGAAUAGAAAAUAAUUAGAAAAUUCCACACACAAAAUGUUUACAAAUAGUAAUUUCAGUGGGUGGAUAUAAAAUCCAUGGUAAGAGAACGUUAAUUAAAACUUUACUCCAUUUUCAUUAUAUUUAUUGACAACAGUUGUACACUGUAGCUUCAUUAGACAAUGGACUUUCAACCAUCAAAGGCGAAACCUAAUUUGAUUUUAGAAUCCGCGCUUGCGGAGCUAGUUUAUUUGAGGGCGAACCAGGGGAAGAUUUAAUCCAGCUAUGAGCCAAAGGCAGAAGAGGAAAAUAUGUAAAAAAUUCCACAUAAAGAAUCUUUACGAGAUUUUCCUUUGAAGUUGAACCUGAAGAGGCCUUCAACCAUUAAAGGUGAAACCUCAUUUGACUUUAGAGUCGAUUGUGCUUGCGUAUCUAGUUUGUUUGAGGGUGGACAAGGGGAAGAACUGAAAAACUGUUUCGAAGAUUCAGUCAUCCUUGGUCAUGGUAACCUAAUAGGUUUUGGUUGUAUCAGUUUUGUUUGAGUAGGAGGAUAUAAAAUCCAUGGUUAGCAAAACGUAAAUUUAAAUUUUACUUGAUUUUAAUUAUAUUUAUUGACAGCAGUUACAUGUUGAACUACUUUGUAGUUUCAUCAGCAAUGGAAAGUUCAAAUCCUGAUAUGAGCCAGAGGCAGAAUAGAAAAUAAUUAGAAAAUUCCACACACAAAAUGUUAACAAAUAGUAAUUUCAGUAGGUGGAUAUAAAAUCCAUGGUAAGAAAACGUUAAUUAAAAUUUUACUUCAUUUUCAUUAUAUUCAUUGACAACAGUUGUACACUGUAUUCAUUAGACAAUGGACUUUCAACCAUUAAAGGCGAAGCCUAAUUUGAGUUUAGAAUCCGUGCUUGCGGAGCUAGUUUGUUUGAGGGCGGACCAGGGGAAGAUUUAAUCCAGCUAUGAGCCAAAGGCAGAAGAGGAAAAUAUGUAGAAAAUUCCACACAAAGAAUCUUUACGAGAUUUUCCUUUGAAGUUGGAGCCUGAAAAAGCCUUCAACGAUUAAAGGUGGAACCUAAUUUGACUUUAGAGUCGAUUGUGCUUACGUAUCUAGUUUGUUUGAGGGUGGACAAGGGGAAGAACUGAAAAACUGUUUCGAAGAUUCAGUCAUCCUUGGUCAUGGUAACUUAAUAAGUUUUGGUUGUAUCAGUUUUGUUUGUAGGAUAUAAAAUCCAUGGUUAGAAAACGUAAAUUCAGAUUUAACGUGAUUUUCAUUAUAUUUAUUGACAACAGUUGCACACUGUAGCUUCAUUAGAAAAUGGACUUUCAACCAUUAAAGGCGAAACCAAAUUUGAUUUUAGAAUCCGUGCUUGCGGAGCUAGUUUGUUUGAGGGCGGACCAGGGGAAGAUUUAAUCCAGCUAUGAGCCAAAGGCAGAAGAGGAAAAUAUGUAAAAAAUUGCACACAAAGAAUCUUUACGAGAUUUUCCUUCGAAGUUGGAGCCUGAAGAAGCCUUCAACCAUUAAAGGUGAAAGCUAAUUUGUCUUUAGAGUCGAUUGUGCUGGCGUAUCUAGUUUGUUUGAGGGUGAACAAGGAGAAGAACUGAAAAACUAUUUCGAAGAUUCAGUCAUCCUUGGUCAUGGUAACUUAAUAAGUUUUGAUUGUAUCAGUUUUGUUUGAGUAGGAGGAUAUAAAAUCCAUGGAUAGAAAACGUAAAUUUUGAUUUUACUUGAUUUUCAUUCUAUUUAUUAACAACAGUUACAUGUUAAACUACUUUGUAUUUCCAUUAGUAAUGGAAAGUUUAAAUCCUGAUAUGAGCCAGAGGCAGAAUAGAAAAUAAUUAGAAAAUUCCACACAAAAUGUUCACAAAUAGUAAUUUCAGUAGGUGGAUAUAAAAUCCAUGGUAAGAAAACGUUAAUUAUAAUUUUACUUCAUUUUCAUUAUAUUCAUUGACAACAGUUGUACACUGUAUUCAUUAGACAAUGGACUUUCAACCAUUAAAGGCGAAACCUAAUUUGAUUUUAGAAUCCGUGCUUGCGGAGCUAGUUUGUUUGAGGGCGGACCAGGGGAAGAUUUAAUCCAGCUAUGAGCCAAAGGCAGAAGAGGAAAAUAUGUAAAAAAAUUCCACAUAAAGAAUCUUUACGAGAUUUUCCUUUGAAGUUGGAGCCUGAAAAAGGCUUCAACGAUUAAAGGUGAAACCUAAUUUACUUUAGCGUUGAUUGUGCUUGCGUAUCUAGUUUGUUUGAGGGUGGACAAGGGGAAGAACUGAAAAACUGUUUGGAAGAUUCAGUCAUCCUUGGUCAUGGUAACUUAAUAAGUUUUGGUUGUAUCAGUUUUGUUUGAGUAGGAGGAUAUAAAAUCCAUGGUUAGAAAACGUAAAUUCAGAUUUCACGUGAUUUUCAUAAUAUUUAUUGACAACAGUUGCACACUGUAGCUUCAUUUGACAAUGGACUUUCAACCAUUAAAGGCGAAACCAAAUUUGAUUUUAGAAUCCGUGCUUGCGGAGCUAGUUUGUUUGAGGGCGGACCAGGGGAAGAUUUAAUCCAGCUAUGAGCCAAAGGCAGAAGAGGAAAAUAUGUCAAAAAUUCCACAUAAAGAAUCUUUACUAGAUUUUCCUUUGAAGUUGGAGCCUGAAGAGGCCGUCAACCAUUAAAGGUGAAACCUAAUUUGAGUUUAGAGUCAAUUGUACUUGCAUAUCUAGUUUGUUUGAGGGUGGACAAGGGGAAGAACUGAAAAACUGUUUCGAAGGUUCAGUCAUCCUUGGUCAUGGUAACCUAAUAAGUUUUGGUUGUAUCAGUUUUGUUUGAGUAGGAGGAUAUAAAAUUCAUGGUUAGAAAACGUAAAUUUAAAUUUUACUCGAUUUUCAUUAUAUUUAUUGACAGCAGUUACAUGUUGAACUACUUUGUAGUUUCAUCAGCAAUGGAAAGUUUAAAUCCUGAUAUGAGCCAGAGGCAGAAUAGAAAAUAAUUAGAAAAUUCCACACAGAAAAUGUUUACAAAUAGUAAUUUCAGUAGUUGGAUAUAAAAUCUAUGGUAAGAGAACGUUAAUUAAAACUUUUCUCCAUUUUCAUUAUAUUUAUUGACAGUUGUACACUGUAGCUUCAUUAGACGAUGAUCGACUUUCAACCAUCAAAGGCGAAACCUAAUUUGAUUUUAGAAUCCGUGCUUGCGGAGCUAGUUUGUUUGAGGGCGGACCAGGGGAAGAUUUAAUCCAGCUAUGAGCCAAAGGCAAAAGAGGAAAAUAUGUAAAAAACUCCACACAAAGAAUCUUUACGAGAUUUUCCUUUGAAGUUAAAGGCUGGAGAAGCCUUCACCCAUUAAAAACAAGACCUAAUUUGAUUUUAUAGUCGAUUGUGCUUGCCGAUCUAGUUUGUGUGAGAGCGGAGAAGGGGAAGAACUGGAAACUGUUCCGAACAUUCAGUCAUCCUUGGUCAUGCUAACUUAAUAAGUUUUGGUUGUAUCGACAAUGGAAAGAUUUAAUCCAGAUAUGAGCCAAAGGCAGAAGAGGAAAAUAAGUAAAAAAUUCCACACUAAGAAUCUUUAAGAUAUUUUUUCAGUUUUUAUUUUUUUUAGUUUAUAGUUAUAAAAAAAGAGGUUUGUAUGAAAUAUACCUACAUUGUCUAAUCAAUACUUUUUAUGGGUACAUUAAGGGGUAGACACAAUGUCAAGUGGCCUCUGGACAUUUGUGACUGUUUAAAUGUAAUGAUAUACAUAGUAAUGAUACUAGAUCUCAAGAAAAUAUUUAUCAGAUUGAGUAACAACAAAAAUAGGUUCAAAUAAUUGAGUUAACACAAGCGAGUGAAGUAUACAAUCUGAAAAUAUUAGAAAUAUUAAAAAAAUAAUAAAUUAAAUAUAAUAUAUAGUAUUCUAGAGCUUCAGCCACUAAUUAGAGAGUUAUUUUAUUUGUGGUCAACAGUUACAAUAUGUUUGAAUACUCUCUGUAGCUUCAUGCUACAUCAGCAAUGGAAAGUUUUAAUCCGGAUAUAAGCCAGAGGCAGAAUAGAUAAAUAAUUGAAAAAUUCUACAUACAAAGAAUCUUUACAAACAGUAAGUUGAGUAGGUGGAUAUAAAAUCCAUGGUUAAAAAACGUAAAUUAAAAUUUUAACUUUUUUUCAUUUCAUUAUAUUUAUUGACAGCAGUUGUAGACUGCGGCUUCAUUGAACAAUGGAAAGUUUCAAUCCAGAUAUGAGCCAAAGGCGGAACAGGAGAAUGAGUACAAAAUUCCAUACAAAGAAUCAUUACCGAGAUUUUCCUUUGAAGUUGGAGGCUGGAAAAGCCUUCAACCAUUAAAGGCGACAUCGAUAUUUGAUUUUAGAGUCGAUUGUGCAUGGGCAUCUAGUUUGUUUGAGGGCGGACAAGGGGAAGAAACCGUUCCGAAGAUUCAGUCAUAACUUAAUAAGUUUUGGUUGUAUCGACAAUGGAAAGAUUCAAUCCAGAUAUGAGCCGAAGGCAGAAUAGUAGAAUAAGUGAAAAAUUCCACACUAAGAGUCUUUAGGAGAUUUUUUCAGUUUAUAUUUUUUUAGUUAAUACUUAUAAAAAAAAAGAGGUUUGUGUGAUAUAAACAUUGUCUAAUCAAUAUUUUUUAUGGGUACAUCAAGAGGUAGACACAAUGUCAAGUAGCCUCUAGACAUUUGUGACUGUUUAAAU